GGGGGGCACACCCGCCGCCCGCAGCGAUGCUCCCGGCGCCCGUAGCUGACCGAGCCGCCACCGAGCCCUGUCCCACAGAAUGCCCCGGGCCCCGUCGGGCCUGUCGCUGCUCCUGAUGGCCGGCCUGGCGUUCGCCGCCACCCCGCCGCUCGAGGUCGUCUCCAGCUGGCUCUCGACGAGCGACCUGCAGUGGGCCGUCUGCUCGCCGGCUCGCGCCGUCGGUACGGACCCUGGGCCCCUCUGUCCGCCGCCCUGCCCCGCCAACAGUACUAAGUCUACUCAGUGCCUUUAUUAUUUGCAAGAAUCGCACAAAGAGGAGGUGUGCGGCCCCGACUUGGGCCCCGAGCGCAGGCGUGACGUGCUGCACGGACUCCGGAUGCGCCACUGCUGCGAGCACGCGGUCGACCAGGCCCUGCCCGAAGACGCUUUCCAGGGCGGACCGGCCUGUCGACACCUGCUGGACGCCCUCAUCAUGACGGAUGAUCUGGCCGGACGGAUCACGUGUGGACAUUCUCAGGUCCUCACCAGAUACGACUGCGGUCAGACAUACUCCAUCGCGCACCGCUGCCAUCACUGCAAGCAAGCAUACCGGCGGUGGGUGUGCAGUUCUCUGGUGCCUCAUUUCACACGCGCAGGCGAGCGCGUGCGGCCGUGUCUCAGUGUGUGCCAGGACGUGGAGCAGCAGUGCCCAUACCUGUUACCGGGGGACUGGACGAACCAAACCGUUCCGCCAGGGGAGACGGCUCACCCCACGCCACAGUACGCCGGGGAACCCACCUUCCUCUGUCUCGAUCCAAAUAUCCCGGAGACGGGUAAGCAGAGGCUCAAGUCCUCACGCGGAGACGAAGACUGCUGUUACACUCAUUGCGGCUCGCCGGGAAGGGGCGGCAGCGGCACCGCCGCCGAGGUGCUCGGAGUGUGCGAGCACUGCCCAGGUCGACCUAACAGGAACAACGCCACCGACGCCGACGCCGACGUCGCGACGUCGACCACAGCCGCCCCGGGCGCGGCCGCCGGCAGGACUUGUAACAAAGUGUCACUACUGUGGACCGCAUGGAUUAUUCUUUUAACAUUUGUAGAACACACGCAGACCAUUUAUAACACAUUACAAUGUUUGUUAGUUCUGUGCGCGACCAGUGUGCGGACGACGCUGCUGCUGCUGAUAACGACGUGGACAAAGACCAAGUGCGGACCGUGCUCAUAGAAUUAGGACUGUUAGGCGAUAUGUGUUCGUCCCGACGCCUGAGUGUGGUCUGCUCACGACCAACUACUUCGCAUUCUUAUCACAUGGAUGUGUUCAGUGCCCCUUUACAUCUUUCUUGUAUUUUUAUAUGAAGAAUCGAUCGCUUUUUUAUUUCGGAAAACUUCGAAUACGCCUGCUGCGUUAGUUCGGAGGAGAUGUGAACGCAAAAAGUGGCUGUUAGGUUUUUUCGAAACACGUCAGACACUAGCUCCUUUUCGAGAUUUUUUUAACGUCUGAUAGACUAUACCAAAACGAAAACAAUCUCUUUUCAAAUGCUGUGGACAUUUUCACGGAUAAUUUAUACAAAUAUAUACACGUUUUAAAAAUCCAACACCUGCAGACAGGGUGAUGUGCAAUUUUCUCACCACCACGAUCCUGAAAAUUGGGCUUUGAAAGCAAGCUAUUGUCUACAUAAUAAUUACUCUAUAUAAAAACUUAGAAAUUUUUCUAUAAUUAAUACUAAACUACUAAAAAAAACAAAUGAAGUUAUUUAAUACACAGUAUUUAAAUAAUUUCAG